AUGAUUAACAUUCUUCAGGCUCUUGCAAACUUCCUGGACCGUCCUCUCUUCCCGUGGAAGACGGUCCUGGUAGGCUUCUCCCUCGGACAAUAUGUCUUGGAAAGCUUCCUCUCGUUCCGUCAGUACCGUGUCCUUCAGCAGACAAAGCCUCCCAAGGUUUUAGAAGGAGAAGUCACCCAGAAAGUCUUUGACGAUAGCCAGACAUAUGGCCGCGCAAAGGCAAAAUUUGGAUUCAUCUCGGGACUCUAUGGACAACUGCAAAACCUGGCUUUCAUCUACUACGAUUUCUUGCCCAAAAUAUGGGGUGUGUCUGGCCUUGCGCUCGUUCAGUAUUUCCCAUCAUGGUUCCAAGGCGAAAUCGGACAAACGCUUGUGUUCUUCUUCGCUUUCAACCUGUUGACUACCGUUCUGUCGCUGCCUCUGUCGUACUACAACACCUUUGUCCUUGAGGAAAAGUUUGGCUUCAACAAGCAGACGCUCAAGCUUUGGAUUACGGAUAUGCUGAAAGGUCAAGCUCUUGGAAUUGCGCUCGGCGGCCCGCUCAUGGCUGCUUUCUUGAAGAUCAUCCAGAAGACUGGAAACCAGUUUUUCUACUACCUCUGGCUGUUCAGCAUUGUGGUGCAGGUGUUUGCCAUUACCAUCUACCCGAUCGUCAUCUUGCCGCUGUUCAACAAACUGUCUCCUCUCGAAGCUGGCCCUAUCAAAUCUGGCGUUGAGAAGCUGGCGUCUAACCUUGACUUCCCGCUGCACGACAUUUACUCAAUUGAUGGUAGCAAGAGAAGCGCCCACAGCAAUGCUUACUUCUUUGGUUUCCCCUGGAAGAAACAUAUUGUCAUCUACGACACCCUGAUUGAGAAGAGUGAACCGGAGGAGGUUGUCGCUGUUUUGAGCCACGAACUAGGCCACUGGAAACUCGGACACACUACCAAACUUUUUGGAAUUGCUCAGUUCCAUAUAUUUUAUAUCUUUGCGCUAUUCACAGCAUUUGUCAACAAUGGAUCAUUGUUCGAGUCUUUUGGUUUCCAUAACGAGAGACCAAUCAUGAUCGGCUUCCUCCUCUUCUCGGACGCUCUGGCGCCAAUGGAUGCCGUUGUGAAGCUGUUGAUGAAUAUUCUUAGCCGUAAAUUUGAAUUUGAAGCUGACGCUUUUGCUUCAAACCUUGGCCACUCCAAGCUUCUGGCCCAAUCACUUCUCAAGCUUCAGAUCCAGAACCUGAGCACUAUGGACGCCGACUGGUUGUAUGCCAGCUACCACUACUCGCACCCGAUUCUUUCGGAGCGUCUUGCGGCUCUGGGCUGGAAGGGCAAGGGAGCCGACAAGGCGGAGGACAGUGAAAAGCCUGUCAAAGCUGCAGACAGGGAACUUUAA